CUACGAAUGUAUGACGAUUAUUGGAGUAUUGCAGAUCUAUUGUAGAUCUGAUUUAAAGAUAUGACUUUAAGUUAACUAAUAAUUGUUUUCGACGUAGUAUAUUGAUCAUAAGAAGCAUGGACGGACAUGAGGCAUUUCUUAUUGUGUGAAUCUAUUUCAUUCAAUAUAACAGCAUGUGAUUAUUGAGAGGAAUUACUGCUAUCUUCGCGAAUGGAAACUACAGGCAUUGAAAGAGCUCGCAGGAGGCACGGGUACCUGGCAGGUGUGAUGGCUGUUCUGGGCAUCAUUCUUCUCAUAUGUGGUUUGCUGGGAGCCUUGAUAUACAACAAAGUUGACACUAUCCCUUAUUAUGUAGGUGGAUUCUCAGCCGGCCCAUUGGCGCUGAUUAUGUCUCUUGCAAGUAUACUGAUAUCAAAAUGCGGGUCUUCAAACUCAUCGGAGAGCAGCGCUAUGAAACAUGUGCUCGGGGCCCAAUGGGCGUUGUCAUUGUUUCUGGUAUUUGGAUGCUUUGUUGGAAUUGUAUUCGCCUCCGUUGGUGGCAUCGCCGAUUCGGCAUAUGAAGGAGACCCCGUUGUUGCAAACAAAACAAUUGCAGUCAUAACCUUGAUUGCUUGUAUUAUCACCAUUAUUGCAUCAAUCGGGAGUAUUUGUCUUUAUUGUUGUUAUGGACACGAGUUUGGAUUAGAUACCGGAAAAAGAAGCAGCAAAAGAAGAAGGCGUACUUUCAUCGAUGACAAUGUUGUUGGGCCAUCACCGUCUAGUCAAGGCACUGAGAGAACAAGCGUACAUUCAAUUCCUACGUUACCCAGGACUAGCCAAUCAGAAACAGACAUGCUUAGUUUGCAGGAACAAAACCGAUUACUUAAAGAACAGAUAAUUCUACAAAAGAAACUUCAACAACAACAACAACAACAGCAACAUCGGCAAAGCGACGAAUGGCACACACAAAAUAGGCAACAUCAACCACACCAGCAGCUUAAGGGCGGGGAACCACCACCUCCUUACACUUUGGCCCCGCUGCGGACACCUGUAAAACCCUCGGCUCCACCCCCUUUGUAUGGGGACAAGUAAAAGUGAAAGUGAAUCUUUAUGAAUGGGCAAACAAGUAUAAAUUACAUGAUGCAUUGCAAUACAAGGGCCCAAGUUCACCAACUUCUUGUGUCUGAGCUCGAGACUUGAGGUUAAUCAAAACGUCAAAUCUAUUUUGUUUUGUAAAACUGCUACAAAUCGAGCAAUGAGCAUAUUCUACAAAAAACUAGUGUUUUUUCAUAACGAUUUUCAACGCACACUUUUUACUUUAACAAUUCGCCUUUUGGGACAGAGUCUAAUAUUCAGAAUCAAGACAUGAGUUUUAACUACAUAUGUUCAGAUUUUGUUGCUAAUGGGAAAAACACAAUUUGCGCUAAAUUCAAAAAAUUACUAUAUCGUAUGGGAAGCGUUGGUUUAAUAGAAAAUAGCAUAAACGAUGGAGAUGAAGUCAACGUUACUGGAUUUGGAAACUGGAUGAAGACCAUUGGAUAAUUCCACUUGUGAAUAUGUAAAUAUGUAUUGACUUGUUCAUGACACAAAUUGAACUUUCGCAAAAUGUUGUAUGUUUUGUUCAUUUAAUGUUGCUUAGUUUGGUAUUAUAGUUUGUAAAGGUCCAAUUGACAUCAUCAACAUUAUUUAGAAAACAACCUUUAUUUUCAGCCAAUGAAAUUACAGAUAGGCAAUCAUUAAGUAAUAUGCUUAAUCAUUAAGAAUUUCAACUUUUGCGUGUGUAAUAGUUCCGCCUACUGCCACUCACACACUUACUUUUACCCGAUUUUGCGUUGACAAUGUAUCAGCCAUUGAGGUUGCAUUCUAGGUCAGUAAGAUGACCUGAAUUUAAAUCUUAAUUAUUAAAAAGUACUCGUUCGCUACGCUCACACUGCCCAUUCAUAAUCAUUUUAAUUUUAAUGGAUUUCAUCUAAUAACUUAAUAGAUGUGUUUAACAAUCUUUGGGACGGGUACCUUCUUCACAGAACGCAUACGGAGCAUUGCCAUCAUCAUUUUGGACAUUAACGACUUCGACCCACAAGAAGGCUAAGUUGACGAUACAAAUAAAAUCCAUCAACAUAAGUUUGAAAAUCUGAAAGUUAAUUGUUUGAUGAUCAGGACGAAAAAAACAAUUAAGUGUGUUAUUUCAGUUUAUUAUUAUUUGAUGUUUAUUUAACAUGUAUCCAGUUGUGAAAUUACCUAAUUUCCAUUUUGUCGUUGACAAAGUAUGUUAUUUGUUUGAUUAUUUAUUAUUUCGCUACACAUACAUCUUUGAUGUUAUAAAUGCUAAAACAAUAUGGAAUCACCAAGCCUCCAGAGCUUACAUAUUUGCCAUAUAGCUUUAUCGUGUUAGAAUGAUUACUUUGAUAUUCAUGUUUCAUAUAAUACACAAACUGUUUACA